CAAAUUUUUCAAUCGAAAAGAACAAAAAAUGAUUCGUUACGUAUUACAAUCAUCAAUCAUUUGUUUGAUAAUUUUUUCUAUUCAAAUAAAUUUAUUAAUGGCAACCGUACAAAUACAAUUAGAAUCUAUGCGACCAUCACCGACAUCGUCGUCAUCUUCAUCAUCAUCAUUAUCGAGUUCAUCAAAACCGUUAACAUCAGUAUCUUCGUCACCAUCGUCGUCGUCGUCGUCGUCGUCGUCAUCGUUGUUGUCCAGUUCAUCAUCUACAUCGAAUGCAUUAACAUCCGCCAAUACAAUUCUUGACAAUCAUUCAACCGAAAUUCUUGAUCCAUCAAUUCUUUAUGGUGGUGUUUUUAAAACAUCACCAACAACUAAUUCAAUUAUUCAUUCAACUUUAUCAUCAUCAGGUAUUUCAUCAUCAAAUAAUGGUAAUAUUAAUUCGAAUUUGGCACAAUCUAUUCAUCGUCAACAACAACAACAACAUCGUCAUCUUCAAACACCAUCAUCAUCGAAUAUACCCGGUAGUUCAUCAUCAACAUCGGAUUAUAUAUUUCAAUUAUUACCACAAAAUGAAAAUAUUGUUUCACAUAAUUAUCAAGGAUCAGGUAUGAAUCAAGAAGAAUUAUAUGAAGAGAAUAGUAUUAUGUCACAUCGUGCACCAAUAUAUUCAACGGCAAUAUCAUCGAAAAGAUCAUACGAAGUAAAACCAAUGGUUAUUGAAAAUCAACCAGUUGAACCUUCGGUUGUUAAUGUUGAUGGUUCUGAACAACCGGUCAAAGUUAUUUUUCAUACUCAAUCAAGUCCAAUGAUGGUACGUCAAGUACAUACACCACGUAAACCUGUUGAAGUUGAAAGAACCAAUUCAGUUGAUGAACCACAUCGUGUUGUACAUGCAGUUAUGCGACCAGUUAUUCAAGAAGUACGUGAAAUUAUUCAACCAUAUCGUCGACUAACGCAAGAAAUUCGUCCAGUACUUGAAGAAAUUCAUACAAUCGUUUCAAAAGAUGAACGAUCCGAACAAUCAGGAUCAAUGCAACAUUCUGGUAUGAAUGGAUCUCCUCCUGCCAUGUCAUAUGCUUCAUCAAAUCAACAGAUUCAACGUUCACCACCGCAAUCACGAUACAAUAAUCGUAUAGUUGAUUUAGGUGCCAAUGAUAAUGGUAAUUUAAUGGCUAAUACUCAACCAUCAAAUGGUUAUCGUCAUCGAGAUAUGAUGGUUCCAAUGCAUUCAAACAAUGCUAUUAAACUAAUUCGAAUGAAUCGUGAUUAUGGACAAGAUUAUAAUGCUAAUAAUCAAUUGUAUGCCAUUCUUAACGAACAAUUUGGCCAACAAUCAUCCACAGGACAGACAACAUCCAAUUCUGCGACCAAUGGACCACCAAUUUUGAUGGCAUCAGGAUCAUCAUUAAAUUAUCGUCAACAGAUGUCACCACUACCAUCCAAACAAAUUUCGAAUACAUCAAACAGUGUAUUUGGUGAUAUUCCAAUUGAAACAUUAUUUAAUUUGAAAUUAAAUCGUAAUAAAAAACCACGAACACAACGAUUUUAGUUGAUUAUUAAUGAUUCAAAUAGUGCAUACAUUUACAUUUAUUAUUAUAUUAUUAUUAUUCAAAU